AUGUCCUCUCGGCCGUCGUUCACGCAUAGUCCGCUGGAUCCGUUCCCUUCAUAUCCUACUGACUUCGCCGGUUCGAGCAACAGCUCUCCCGUAUAUCGUGGGGAUACCAGACCGAUUGUACCAUUUCUCCCGAGUUCGCCGGAAGAUGCCGAUACAUCUUACGAACAACAUAGGGCACAUUUAGUGAACAUGGAUCGCAAGAGGAGACUUACGGCUACCGCGAAUGAUGACGCAACCCUACACAGACGGCCGUCUGCCUUGAGCGUACCAAGUUCUUUGGCGCAUGGUAGACUCCAGCAAGACAGACCACUACCAUCGCUGCCUGUCGGCGAUGACAGCAACGAUCUUAUACCAUCAGAUAUGCCGGGCUCAUCGCGGGAAAAUGCUAUCGAUCUUACAUCUCCGCCUUCAGUUGUUGCCAAUACAUCUGCUUCAUUAUCUCGACAACAUAGUCGUAGUCUGCCUACAGUGCAUCAACGGCACCGGCACAACUACGUGGAAUACACACUGCCCCGCUGGCAGCCAGACUCGGAGGUCACGCAUUGUCCCAUCUGCAACUCUCAGUUUAGCUUUUGGUAUCGAAAACAUCAUUGUCGCAAGUGCGGACGGGUCGUGUGUGCAGCGUGCUCCCCUCACCGCAUAACUAUUCCUCGACAGUACAUCGUUCGGCCACCAGAACCAGUCGAACAAGCGACUGCUGAGAUCCCUCCCCGCCACAGGCGCGACUCUUCUCGCGCAGUCGUCGAUCUCACUGCCGAUGACAUACGUGAUACCACUGCCCGUUUAUCAAACCGACCUCAUCUGGAAACCUACCCUUCCAAUCCUGCACUCGGUGGUGGGGAAGAAGUGCGACUCUGUAAUCCAUGCGUGCCAGAUCCUAACCCCGCUCCACCUUUGAACUACGGGGCUAUUCGAAGUAGUUUUGAUCGUCUUCCAGGUCAGGAUUGGGACGCCACGAUGCCAACAGUUCCUAUUAGCCAGCGUUUCCAUCAAGUACGCCGCUCUUUGUCAGGUGCUCAAAUGUUUGGAUCUCGUAGAGAUCUAGAGAACGAAGCAGAGAACAAUACUCAUCGAAACCAGGUGGUCGCCGAACAUCUUCUGCUACUCCGACGCCUGUUGAGCCGAUUCAUGGCCAGCAGCCGGGCUCCUCUCGCCAUGCUUCCUCUUCGAGUCUCAGUCAUCCGCCACAUCAAUCCUCUGCCAGGGUGCAAUCUUAUUCAUUCUCAUCUCAUAGACCUAGACCUGAUACCGAGAGUGGGAUUGUUCCCUUUGAUCCUUCCGGCACCCGCCCGCGAAGAGUACGAUCCAUGGCAGACUCUGACCGUACUCGCUUUUCUCGUCCUCCACACCGAGCGCACGUUGAUGAAAGAGAUAUCUGUCCGAUUUGCAGCACGCAGCUACCACCCCGUAGAAUCGACGGUAGUGAGGAUGAGCGAGAAGCGCACAUUCGCGAUUGUAUUGCCAGAUCAUCAGGGUCCUCGCCCGGAGUGGCCUCACCACAAUCGUCGCACCUGCUACGCAUGCUAUCGUUUACGGCGACCGAAAAAGAUUGUCUCAGUGAAGACGGCACGCCGCAAGAGUGCACUAUUUGCAUGGAGGAAUACGAAGUUGGCGAUAAACUCGCCCGUCUGGAAUGCUUAUGCAAAUUCCACAAGUCUUGCAUUCGGCAUGGAUAACGAUCCACGUAUGCGACAAGGCAAUGACAACACGAAGCAGAACAGCAUCUCUUUCUCCAACAGAGAUGUAUUCUCAAGACCGCAACACUAUCCCACAUCGUAUGCGCACAACCAGAUGCUGGAAUACAGUACACGCACAGAGCAUGGACCAGGAUAUGGACAAAUAAAGCCGGAUUCGACCAACGAACAACAACAUCGCUCGGCUUCAACGCCUUCUUCCACGGGCAAUAAUGCGGUGGGUAUCGAUGAAGCGUUUGGAACGCUACUGAAUGAAAUGUCAAGGGGCCUGCCGGGUGAUGAACACGACCCCGACGACCAUCUCGCCGACCUGAAACGACCUCGAGCAUGCGACGCCUGCCGACAACUGAAGGUCCGUUGUGAACCGGACGAUAAAAAUCCAUCAGGCUCUUGUAAACGGUGUGCCAAGGCGAAUCGAAGAUGUGUCGUCACUCCGCCGACCCGAAAGCGCCAGAAGAAAACAGACAGUCGCGUGAGUGAGUUGGAAAAGAAGAUCGAUGCCCUUACAGCUAGUCUUCAGGCGUCUAGAAGGGUCGAUACUAUCACGUCUCCGGAGGGGCGAUCGCAGGAGCAAGAGGUUUCUGCUACUCGUCGAUGGCUCGGAGGCGGCCCUCCACCAGCAUCACUACCACCAGCGAGCUCUAUCAGCUCCGCCUCUCCUGGUACAAGUACGAAGCGUACAGCUAGUGGUGAUACUAAAUUUUCGGCGCCGCCCGGCUCAUUGCCCCAGAGUGCUUCUUUCACCGGUCCAAUUUUAACGAAUCCAUCCAACAGCGAAAGUGUCGUAGACACUGCCAAUGAAUUCACCGAUAUCAUAGAUCGCGGGUUAAUUGAUGUGCAGACCGCUGUUGACGCCUUUGACUACUAUGUCAAAAAUAUUGCUCCUGGACUUCCAGUGGUCGUAUUUCCACCAGGGACGACCAUGGCCUCGGUACGGCGCGAUAAACCCACACUUUUCCUUGUGAUCAUGGCUAUUUCUAUUGGCCACUUUCGAUCGGAAUUGCAAAUGCCUCUGGUACAUGAGGCGCACCGUCUAUUUGCCGAUAAGAUCGUUGUCAAGGGCGAAAAAUCCCUGGAGCUGGCCCAAUCAAUUAUUCUGGCAUGCAUCUGGUAUCUGCCGCCCGAUCAAUUCGAAGAGCUCAAAUUCUUCCAGUUCAUUCACAUGGCUGUCGUCAUGGCGCUGGACAUUGGCAUGGGUCGUGUCACUCGAAGAAAAGGUAAUAAACAAUACGGAUUUUUGCGAGACAUCAUGGGCAAGAAUCAAAACAGAACUUCAUUUGACCCGGAUGCUGUCGAAACAAGACGAGUGUGGUUAGGUGCAUAUGUCAUGGCGGUCAAUGCCUCCAUGGCACUUCGUCGGCCGUUGUUAUGUCGAUGGCUUCCUUAUAUGGAUGAGUGUAUUGAGAUUCUGCAAACUUCCCCUGACGCUGAACCGUCUGAUCGCAAUUUGAUACACUGGGCUAAAUUAACCCAUAUUGCGGAAGAGAUUGCAUUCCAGUUCUCUAUGGAUGACCCUUCAAGCAGUUUGACUUUGAAUGACACAAAGGUGCAGUAUGCGUUGAAGGGAUUUGAGAAACAAAUGGAUGAGUGGCGGCGCGAGAUUCGCACUGAAGAUUAUACACCAAUUUUGCAACAUUCGGAGUGUAUCAUCAGUAUUUUCAUGCAUGAGAUUGCAAUGCAUACUGAGCAUAACAUCGACGACUUUAGAACUCCGUUCAAUUCCGACUUCAAGACUGAUGUCAAACUGGACAGGGCGACUGCUGCUCAAAUCGAUGCUCUCACAACAUGUCUGACAUCGAUUCACACAUGUCUAGACUGCAUACUGUCUAUGGAGUCGGAGGUUGUAGUCAACUUGCCCACACAUCUGUAUGCUCGUUCGGCAUAUGCAUUCAUCGCUCUGCUCAAAUUGUUCUCCGCCGUUUCUUCUGACAACGGCCUGGAGCGAGUUUUCUCGCUGGCUGAUCUUAAGGUGGAAGAAUACUUUGACAAGAUGAUCAAUCAUUUAAAAGUCAGUGGUAUGCGGCCAGGAGGGCGAACCGCAUCAAGGUUCGGUAUGGUCAUGAACUUAUUGAGGAAUUGGUUUCUGAAUCGCAAGACGGAAAAGACUGGAGCGACAGAAGAGCCCGCAUCAUCUCGACCUAAAGAAGCGAAAGAAGACAGCCAAGGACUAUCGCGGUCAGCCACCAAUGUUUCUCAACAAUCACUACCAACAACUACCGAUGCCAGCGAUAAACCAAUAACCCCUUUGACAAACACAACAUCAGAUCCCCAGCAAUGGGCUCAGUACAGCGUCAGCGGUCCCGAAACUACAACAGCCCACCUCCUACGGUUACAACAAUACUCGUUCAACCAGGCCCCGGGACAAGAUAUUGGAAAUCCAGUGAUAACUACCGGACCAUUAUCUGACUCGCAAACAGAUUUUGCAAGUCUAGGGCCAGACUUUGAUUUCCAGAUGCCAUUCAAUGCAGAAGGCAUCUUUAGUAUGGGCGGUGGUAUCCUUCCCGAUGACGUUUUUGAUUUGCCGUUUGAUGAAAAUAUGAAUUUUUACCUCCCUCAAUAA